GAAAUCAUUGUCAAGACAGCUGAAGAUCCAAACGGUCGACUGGUGUUGGGACCAAACGAACCCAUUUUCCUGAGGACAUCUGACGUUUUCACGUCAGAAGGCUUGUCGGUGUUGGAUGACCUGACACAGUUGACUCACCUGCACGAACCAGCGGUGCUCAGCUCACUUCAGAAUCGGUUCGACAUCGACAAAAUUUAUACGUUCACUGGACCUAUCCUCAUCGCAUUGAAUCCAUUCAAGGCCGUCCCGGGCCUGUACGAUGAGGAGAUCUUGAAGAGCUUCAUCACAACAAAGCCAUCGACGAGGCCGCAUGUCUUCAACACAUCCAACGCGUCGUAUCGUGGGAUUUGUGAUCGCCACAAGUCUCAGACGGUGCUCAUCAGUGGAGAGUCGGGUGCCGGCAAAACUGAGACCACAAAGUUUGUGAUGAAGUUUCUUGCUCUUGCAGGAUCGGCAGAUGGAAAGGUGACUGACGUAGAAAAGCAGGUGUUGGAAUCGAACCCUCUCCUGGAAGCUUUCGGCAAUGCCAGAACGCUGAGGAACGACAAUUCAAGUCGAUUUGGCAAAUUUAUCGAGCUUCAGUUUCGGCCGUCGCAGGAUAGUGGUGUGAAGGGUGCGGUGCAAGGAAUGUCAGGCGAAAGCCUGCGACUGUGCGGUGCACGAAUCCGGCAUUAUCUACUUGAGAAAGUCCGAGUAUGCGAGCAGCAGGAAGGAGAGCGCAACUAUCACAUUUUCUACGAAGCCUGUGCAGCUGCUGCAAAAAUUGGCAGUGAGAAGGUUUACAGAUAUCCACAAAUCUUGUCCAAGGACAGGGUCAAAGAAGAGAUGGAUAUUGAUUUGGACGGAUUUGCUGAGCUCUCGAAGUUUGCGUUUCUAACGCGGUCAAGCUGCAAGACGCUGAAGGACGUUGAUGACGUGGAGAUGUUCGAGCGGCGUAUUCAUGCCAUGCAGACCAUCGGCAUCAAGAAGGAGGAUCUUACGGAGAUUCUGCACAUGAUCGCGGCUGUGCUCAACCUUGGCAACUCCAAGUUCGAUGCUCCUCCGAACAACAGCGAGGGCUCUAUGAUCAUGGCAGAGUGCGCGAGCAGCUUGGCUGCCGCCGAGAAACUGCUUGGCAUCCAGACUGGGGAUUUGGAAAAGGCGCUCUGCCACCAGACGCGCAUCACGCGAUCAGAGAAGAUCCGCAGCCCUGUCAAUGUUCGGCAGGCGGCAGACAAUCGUGAUGCUCUGGCGAAGGCCUUGUAUGGAAUCGUCUUCAAUUUCAUUGUCCACAGCACAAAUCUUUCCAUCGGCUACAUAAAUGACGUGAAGCUGUUCGUAGGACUGGAUUGGCUUUUACCUAGCCAAAAGCUGCUGCAUACUGACAAGUCCGAGUUUGAACGGAAGGAGUCCUUGACAUUUUCGGGUUCGAAUGCUUCAAGAUGA